GUUUCUGCUUUUCUUCACAGCGAGUGGGAUCCAAAGACGGACGGGGGACGAAAGAGAGCAAACCAUAACAAAAGAAGCAGCAGGAAACGGAAAGCGGCAGAUUCCCGCGCCACGUGUGAGCGGCACGGCGCGGCACGGUUGAUCUCCCCCGCCGAUGGCAGCAUAGCAAUGUAGUAGUAUGUUUUACAACCAAAAAUGGCGGCGUCCACUCCCCCUCUCCCCUCACUCCCGCUCUAGAAAGCGGAGGCCGCGGCCGAUCGGCUCAUCUUUUCUUAAACUUCUGCUUCUUUUGCCACCCCGACAAUGCCUCCCGCUACCGUCACCCUGCUACCAGCGUGCGCCGUGCUGCUGCUGUGCUGCCGUCUCUCUCCGGCGGCCGCGGCGUCGCCCGCCGAUGUCGGCGGGGGCGGGGCCAGGCGGGUGCUCCACCAGCCAUUGUUCCCAAUCGAGUGGACCCCGCCGCCGUCGCCGCCGCCUCCGCCGGCACCGGACUUCACCUCCGAUCCGGCGACGCCGGACGGCCCACCCGGCGACUUCUUCCCUCCGGCGCCACCGACGGCGCCGGCCGGCGGCGGAGGUACGAGCACGACGACGACGACGACGUCGUCCUCGCCGACCACCGUCGCCGCCGACGUCCCGAGCGCCUCGUCAGGAUCCGGUGACGCCGGACACCACGGCGGCCCUGCGAAGGGGACCAUCGUCGCGGCGGGGGCGGCCGCGGCCGCGGCCAUCGCGCUGCUGGCCUUCGCGUGCGCCUUCCUCGUCGCGGGCCGCGCGCGCCGCCACGGGGACUCGCAGAAGCUGCUCAGCCCCGACCGCGGCUCCGCGCGCCACCGCUCCGCGCCCUCGGCCGCCGACUUCCUCUACGUCGGCACGGUGGAGCCCGCCACGCCGGGCCGCCACCGUGGGCCCACCGCCGCCGACCUCGUUGGGUCCCCGUACCGCAAGCUGCGCAGCGAGCGCGAGCGCGCGCGCCGCGGGCUGGGCCGCGCCCGCGACGAGCCCACCGACCACCCGAGCCCGGAGCUCCGCCCGCUCCCGCCGCUGCGCCGCGCGGCCACGGUGGGCUCCGACGACGACGAUGCCUACUACACGCCACGUCAGCGCUCCGCCGGUGGCGGGGUCGGCGGCGAAACGUGGAGCGAGGCCAGCGCGUCCAGCCCGCCCACCACCACCACCGCGUCCCGCCGAAGUCUCCCCAGCCUCACCAGCGACUGCUUUCCUCCGGUCGCCGCCAUUGCUGCGCCGACACCGUCCCCUGCGUGGUCCCGCCGUACGCCCCCGCGCACGCGCUUCUCUGCCGGCUCCACCCCUGACAUCAAACAGGUGAUCUCGCCGUCCCCGCGGUCGGUGCAACCAUCCAAACCAGCACCAACGCCACCGCCGCGGCCGCCGCCGACACCACCUCCUCCACCGCCGCUGCCGAAGUCUACCACAGCUCCAAAACCUCCUCCUCCUCCGCCGCCGCCGCCACGAAUGGUUCCAUCUAAUACCGGCCUGAAGCCCGCGCAGCCGCUUUCCGAACCGACGUCGCGACGCCGGUUGCUCAAGCCGUUACCACCUGAGGGCCCCCGCAUUGCCAUGCCGAUGCCGAUCACGGAGGCAACGGCACAGGAUAGUAUCGGGAGCGCGUCAAUGCCUAAACAGGAUGACGUGGCAGACGGUAUCGUUGGCAACGGCGAGCCGCGGCCGAAGCUCAAGCCGCUGCACUGGGACAAGGUGCGGGCGACCUCCGACCGCGCCAUGGUCUGGGACCAGCUGAAGUCAAGCUCAUUCCAGUUGAAUGAGGACAUGAUCGAGGCAUUGUUCAUGAAUAACUCAACGCCGUCCGCGCUGCCGAGAGAUGCGGGACGGAAGACCACCGUCCCACCAUUCAGGCAGGAGGAGAGGGUGCUCGACCCCAAGAAAGCACAGAACAUCGCCAUCCUGCUCCGUGCAUUGAAUGUUACGCGCGAUGAGGUCUCUGAUGCACUGUUGGAUGGCAACGCUGAAUGUUUGGGGACAGAACUUUUGGAGACUUUAGUCAAGAUGGCUCCUACUAAAGAGGAAGAACUCAGACUACGAGAUUAUAAUGGUGACGCAUCGAAGCUUGGUUCUGCAGAGCGCUUUCUCAAAGCUGUGCUUGAUAUACCUUUUGCCUUCAAGAGAGUUGAUGCCAUGCUAUACCGAGCCAAUUUUGAGGCCGAAAUAAAUUACUUAAUGAAAUCUUUUGAGACAUUAGAGGCAGCCUGCGAAGAUCUCAGAGGCAGCAGGUUGUUCCUGAAACUACUCGAGGCGGUGCUGAGAACCGGGAACCGGAUGAAUGUCGGCACAAACCGGGGUGAGGCAAAAGCUUUCAAGCUUGACACUCUCCUGAAACUUGCUGAUGUCAAGAGCACUGAUGGUAAAACAACGCUGUUGCAUUUCGUCGUCCAAGAAAUAAUUCGAUCAGAAGAUGCAAAAUCAGAAAAAGAAAGCGCCAUGAUUAUUCAUAGCUCUAAAGACGAGCAGUUGCGGAAGCAAGGUCUGAAACUUGUCUCUGGCCUCAGCAGUGAGCUGGGAAAUGUCAAGAAAGCAGCCAUGAUGGACUUUGAUGUGUUGCAUGGCUAUGUUAGUAAGCUAGAAACAGGCAUUGAAAAGAUCAAGUCGGUCUUGCAGCUCGAGAGGCAAUGCACUCAAGGCCAAAAGUUCUUUACGACAAUGCAGAGUUUUCUGAAGAAAGCCGAGACGGAGAUAGACAAAGUCAGAGGGGAGGAGAAGAAGGCCCUGGUGAGAGUAAAAGACAUCACCGAGUACUUCCAUGGUGACACCGCGAAAGAGGAAGCGCACCCUCUUAGGAUAUUCAUGGUGGUGAGGGACUUCCUCUCGACGUUGGAUCAUGUCUGCAAGGAGGUUGGCAGGUUACAGCAGGACAGAACGGUUAUUGGGUCAGCCAGGUCUUUCAGGAUUUCAGCCACCUCAAUGCCAGUUCUAAGUGUGUAUGGACAACGAAGGGAGAACAACUCUGACGAUGACAGUGCAUCAUCCUAGGACAGGACAGCAAGGCUGAGGGACAAAUCACCAAGUCACAACACUGAAUUUUGGAAGGAGCACAGCACAUCAGCUAUGCCAUUUUUAGCUGCUGAAGCGGAUGUCGCAUUGGCAUUUGCCCCGAGGCACAUGUUUAAGGUUGGGAGGACGAAGGUCGGGAGGGGGUGGUAUACUUUUGGAUCCCGUGGAAAUUCUUUUUGUACAAAAGGAAAAUAAUCGUAACAGGUUCUCUCUCUUGUUGGGUGACUUGCAGAAACUGAGGUCGAGGCUUGAAAAGCUGCCCACUUUCAGUAAGUAGUGCACUGCAGCUUCUGGGAUAUGGCUUCUUAUGUAACUAGUAUGCUCAUCUGAUAUAACCUGGGAACAUGCUAUCUCUAUUGUUCAUGUAAAUUUUGCUCUCCUCGUAAUAUAUGGUAACAAUAACAGCAAUUCUGA